GUGCACUUGAUCAAUAAACUUUGGUUUGAUUAGAAUACUAAUUAGUUAGAUCUCAAUGAGGACAUACAAUAGAGAUAGGUAGAGGACUCAUCAUGGAUAUAACCUGUUUAUGCAUGGACAUUGCCAUUGAGGUCUUCCACCAUUUUAAAGUAGUCAACUGGGUGGGGAAUCCUAUUGGUUGGGAGCAAUCAGCUAAUGAUCAGAGCAUUGUCUUCUUCAAAUUGGGUGUUAUGGUUUGUAAAAUGGCUUUAACCUAUAUAACCACCAUCGAGUGGCCACAAUAAAUGAAUGACACAAGAUUUGGUUCAGGACUCCAGCACUACAGGUGGCAGCAAAUAACCAAUAUUAGCUUUACACUUUUUUUAAAUACAAAAGAAGAAAACUGACUACUUUAAAAUUGAGGUAGCCUAAAUACCUAUGACUGUAUAUAUGAAUAGACAAAGCCAUCGAUCACGUGACAACAUGAAUUCCUAUGUGAAUACUCAAUAGCACAUUGAAGCCAAAUUAAGUCGGUUAAGAUGGCAUCUCAAGGAGACAUAGUAACCGAAAGGUUGCAAGAUCGAAUCCCUGAGCUGACAAGGUAAAAAUGUGUCAUUCUGCCCCUGAACAAGGCAAUUAAACCCACUGUUCCUAGGCUGUCGUUGAAAAUAAGAAUUUGUUCUUAACUGACUUGCCUAGUUAAAUAAAGGUAAAAUAAAAAUAAACAUACACAGUUUGAACUACUCCAAGAAGUCAUGUUGCAGUAUUGGUCAGUGCUGCCCCAUCGCAUUGAGUAACUCAAAUUGAAGGGAAACCGGGGUACUGCAGGCUGCAAUUAGUAACUAAAUUAUCCUUACCUUCUUCUGUGUGCGAUUUUAAAAUAAUCUGUUCAAGGACAUACAUCUGGUGUAUUAGAAGCAAUUAUUGGUACCAUGACUGUCUUCUAAAAACAUUUUUAUUUACACAAAGAUUUUUCCAUUCACUAUAGUGGGGGAUCCUGUUUUACACUAACAAUGCUUGCAGUAUCGCGGUAGGCCUUGAACUUCCAUUGCUUCAAUGAGAGGGGGCACUCAUUCCCCCUGGGCGCUGCCCAAGCGGUCACAGACGCUAGUAGCCUAUAAUUGCUCUGAUACAAGUCCUCUAUCUAUCUCUGGGACAAGCGCCGAAGAAUGGACAGCGUUCCCGAGAUUCCAAACUUUACGGAGCAAUUUUUUUGACAGAAAUCAGACAUUCAUAAGUCAAAUAAAUAACAUAGUAAAAUCACAACCAGUACAGUUUUAGUUCCCGAAUCCGGGCCUUUGUCAUGAUGACGUGACACUCUACUACUUAACUGCAGUGGCAGAUUUAAAAACCACAAGUAAUUACGACACACGUUUUACGCCUGCAAGGGGUGUAAAUCAUUAGUGCACACCUGAGUAAACAGUUGCCAAUACAAAACGUUUUCCAUAGAAAACAAGAGUUUCUAUUGGGCAAAUGUAGGUAGGUCACUACCAAUGAUGUGCGUCAUUGGUCAGUUCCGUUCGCUUUUGUUGGCUGUUUGGUUUCCAGCUAGUAAAUACAGCCCAGGUGUAACACACCCUGAAUAUAUUGCCCAACCCUCUUACCAUGGUAUGCGGCACUUGGCCUACUCUUGGCUGAAAAAGGAGGCCGACCGCUGUCAUGAAAAUCAAGGCAUCAAAGCAUAAAGGACAACACGAGGAAAGUAGGCUGGUAAAGAUGGAUAAGAGGAGCGGUCUGCGCCUGUGUCACUUUGGGACAGCCAGGCGAAGGCGAUGGUGGGGUCUGAGGAGAAGAUGGAUUUACAUUUACAUCACUUUUACAUUUACAUGGAGGAUGCUAGGGGUGUUUAAGACCAACCAGGAACAUGACUUAUACAGCCUCACCUGUCUUAUGAAAGAGGGCCUGCAUGCUGUCCUACAGACCAGCAACAACACAACAGUACCUGGUCAACUUUCUGCUGAACAUUACAAAUCGGCGGAGACCCAAGUCCACAAGGACUUGGAGAUGCAGACUUUUGCAGGGCCUGUGUUUGCCGGCCUGCGGCGGUCCCUGGAUAUAACAGAGGAGGAGUACCAGAGGUCCCUCUCUUCAGACGGCUGCUAUCUACAGUUCAUCAGCAACUCCAAGAGCAAGGCUGACUUCUUCCUCACGAAUGACAAGAGGUUCUUCCUAAAGACACAGAAUACGCGGGAGGUUAUGUUUUUCCUAUCCAACCUGAAGGCAUAUGUGGAUCAUUUGGAGAAAUACCCCCAUUCCCUGAUGGUCAGGUUCCUGGGGCUCUAUAGCGUUCAAAUUCCAAAUAAAACAAAGUAUUUCAUUGUGAUGCAGAAUGUGUUUUACCCGGACGAGAGGAUUAAUACCAGAUAUGACAUCAAGGGAUGUGAGGUGGGUAGGUGGACUGACCCUGCAUCUACGGGAAACCCAGUUACUAAGAUUCUGAAGGAUAACAACUUUGAAGGAAAGCACAUCAUUCUGGAUAAGCAGCGCUCCUGGCUUGUGGAUCAGGUUGAAAUAGACUCGGCCUUCCUCCGUAGCCUCAAUGUGCUUGACUACAGUAUCCUGCUGGCCCAUCAACCCUUGCGCCAAGAUGAGCUGGACAGGAAUCACUCCUUUAGUAACCUGACUAUGCGCACUGUAAAGUCAAUGGACCAAGACAGUCCCGCAGAGGAAGAUCCCCCCACUAUUCCGUUGUUGGAGGGGUACUCUGCUCGACUGGCAUCAGAUACAAUAGACAGUGGGUCAGACCACAUCCAGAACACAGGGGAACACUCUGGCCAUGGAAUCCCCCCCCAGGAGAUAAACCUACACUCCGUAAACUGUACAGAAGCAGAACUCCUGGAGUUCCAAGCUCAUCACCGUAGGCUGCUGCCUAAUUUAAAAAACUCUGUGCAUGUCAUAGACGGACCAAAGCUGCGCUACUUUGUGGGUAUUGUAGACUUUUUCACUGUGUACGGUGUGAAGAAAAGGCAGGAGAACCUGUGGAAGAGUCUGCGCUUCCCUGGCAGAGCCUUCUCCACUGUCAGCCCAGCUACCUACUCCCAGAGGUUCUGCCAGUGGGUGAAGGACCACACCAAGUAAAACAGGGACACUGAAGCCCAUUGAAAGACACAGAAGAGACUGUCAAGUGAAUAAUCAAACUUGUUUUGUGAACAGCAUGAACAGUAGGUGGCACCAAAUAGCUUCUGUUGCAGUGGUAGCCUGUUUUUUUUUUAAAUAUAUAUAUAUAUAUAUCUAGAGGAAUUUUACAUUAGUGACAUGUCCCCCAAACAAUUAUCUGGCAGGUUUCUCAAAAAUCAUGUAUGAAUGUGUAUAAAAUGUAUUGGAAUAAGUCGUGACUAGAGAAUCAAUAAUAAAACCUGUCACUGCAUAAGAAA